GUCGCAAGACGCGUGCGCACGCACCGUUCGCGUUCACGCCGUCGCGGUCGCCGCUCAGUAGCAGUCCGAUCGGAAUGCAGUGCAUUGGUGCUGUGUCAUUAACGUCACACGUCCGUAACGCCGUUCCGUUAUCAACCGUUGCCGUUCACGCAUCUCGCCGACCGCGGUGGCUCACGUGCGCCCUCGAAUUACGCCCGUAAAGCAGCUACACCGUGUACCCGUCAAAGCGUCAAGUCCGCAAAACAGUGAGCGAGCCCUAGGAGCACCGGAUCGAACGAUCACCCCGCGCGGCGCGAUUCAAAAAUAGUAACACCGAAAACAAAGCCGAUGAUCAGUUGACGUCGACGACGACCGCAAGCAGUCCGACCGGAAGAAGGCCGGUAUAGUACCGGUUGUAGCACGACAGCCCACACGCGUCCCUCGCAGUAGCGCCCGGUGUGAAGGGUACGGCGAACAGCGGCUGACAUGCACACGGCGCGCGCCGCAUGCCGCGUGACGCAAUGCCGGAGCUGUCGCCGGGCGCUUUGCUGUUGUUUGUCGUCGCCGCCGCCGCCAUCCACCGUAGCCGUUGCCGCCGACGCGACGACGACGACGACGACGACGACGACGGUCAUCGUUACAACGAAUUCGCCGCGUCCGUCGUCGCCUGUUCGGCAGACGCCGCCGACGCCGCUGUCUUGCCACUGCGGCCCGUCGCCCCUAACCGCUGUCACCGCGUAACACGCGCCACCAAUGACCGCGCUCAAGAACCACCGACGGAUGGCCGGCCGACCGUUUUCCGUGAAACGCUGCGUGGCCGCGCUCAUGGUGCUCGGCUUCCUGUCCAUAUUCUACUACACGCACUACCUGAGCUCGCCAAUCGCAAGUCUGUUGAUGCGACGGGAACGAAAAAUAGUUCGCAUGCGACCAUACGGCAUGUGUCCUCACUUUCAAUCCAGACCGCCUGCGGAUCACAGGCCACCGCAUCAAGGAUCGGGCAAUGGCCAUCCUAGGACCGACCCUAAACUGCUAUUACUCGUUGAGACUGCAUACUCGAGACUCGGCAGAGAACUGGCUGAGACCCUCGUGCAUAAUAGACUGAGGUACAAAAUGGAAGUAGUCGGCAAAUCGUUACCGGCGCUCACGAAUCUAGACAAAGGUCGGUAUUCGGUCAUCGUGUUUGAGAACUACUACCGAUACCUGAACAUGGACAAAUGGAACCGAGAGCUGUUGGACAAGUAUUGCCGAGAGUAUGGGGUCGGCGUACUAGGAUUCUUCCCGCCCGCCGACCGUCACGUGGUCGGCGUUCAAAUCAAAGGGUUUCCGCUGUACAUGCAUACGAAACUCUCGCUCAGGGAUGCCAUGCUGAACUCGGCAUCGCCAGUGCUCCGAGUAGCCCGAGCCGGUGGUGUUUACCAAGGACCGUUACCGGGCGAUGACUGGUCUGUUUUCAGCGCUAACCACACGACGUAUGAACCGGUGGCAUGGGGCAGCAACAAUUCUUUCGGCACACCGGACGAGUACAUCCCUUUAGCCACUGUCAUGCAGGACCAUGGCAUGUACGAUGGCAUAUCCAGGAUGCUGUUCGGCUCCGGACUCAAGUUCUGGCUGCACCGAUUGUUGUUCCUCGACUCGCUAUCGUACCUCAGCAAAGGAUUACUGAGCAUAUCACUCGAACGGCAGGUACUCGUGGACAUCGACGACAUAUUCGUCGGCGAAACCGGUAUCCGCAUGUGGAAAGAAGACGUUCACGACCUCGUUAAAACUCAAGAACGGAUACAAAAGUUGGUGCCGGGAUUCAAAUUCAAUUUAGGCUUCUCUGGAAAAUACUUCCAUCGGGGUACAUGGGAGGAAAACGAAGGAGACGACACGAUAUUAGAACACGUGGAUAAGUUUAACUGGUUUUGUCAUAUGUGGAAUCAUAUGCAACCACAUCUGUAUAACAACGAAACUCAUCUAGAGUACGAAAUGACGUUGAACAAGGCGUUCGCCGAGGCUCAUGGAAUACCAACCAACUCCAGUUACUCGGUGGCGCCCCACCAUUCCGGUGUGUACCCGGUACACGAGCUAUUGUACACCGUAUGGAAAAAAGUGUGGAACAUCAAAGUAACUUCGACGGAGGAGUACCCGCACCUGAGGCCUGCCAGACUGAGAAGAGGGUUCGUUCAUCGGGGCAUCAAGGUAUUGCCGAGACAGACCUGCGGUUUAUUCACACACACCAUCUACGUUGACCGUUAUCCCGGUGGUCGGAAAAAGUUGGACGAAUCCAUAAUGGGCGGAGAACUGUUCCAGACGAUCGUGUACAACCCUAUUAACGUGUUCAUGAGUCACAUGUCCAAUUACGGCAGUGACCGGUUAGCGUUGUACACCUUCGAGUCGGUCUUCCAGUUUAUCAGAUGCUGGACAAACUUAAAACUAGUGUCCUCGGGACCUUUGCAGUUGGCGGAAAAAUACUUCAAGUUGUAUCCCGAGGAAAUCGAUCCUAUGUGGGGUAAUCCCUGUUUGGACCAAAGACAUCUUAAGAUUUGGUCGUACAAAAAAUCUUGUCAACGUCUUCCCAAGUUUCUGGUUAUUGGACCUCAGAAGACUGGUACAACCGCAUUGUACACGUUCCUAUCAAUGCACCCAAAUAUAUCAGCAAAUGCUCCAAGUAAAGAAACAUUUGAAGAAAUCCAAUUUUUUAACGGUCGUAACUAUUACAAAGGGUUGGAUUGGUACAUGGAUUUUUUCCCUUCCAACGAUUCUGUUGACAAUAAGAUUGUAUUUGAAAAGUCUGCCACUUACUUUGAUGCAGACAUUGUGCCCAAGCGAGUGCAAGCAUUAUUACCAAAUGUUAAACUUGUGACCAUAUUAAUCUCACCUGCUAAAAGAGCUUAUAGCUGGUAUCAACAUGCCAAAGCCCACGGUGAUCCAACUACGCUCAAGUAUUCAUUUUAUCAAGUUAUCACAGCCAAUGAAUCUGUUGCGCCCAAACCACUAAGAGAUCUUCGUAAUCGAUGCUUAAACCCAGGAAAAUAUGCUCUUCACAUAGAACAUUGGCUGGAUUAUUUUAAUCAUAACAAUUUGCAUAUUAUUGAUGGUGACCAACUCAAAUCAAAUCCUGUAGACGUACUUGAUCAGUUUCAAAAAUUUUUGAAAAUCACACCGAUGUUUGAUUAUUCUUCUCACAUAAGAUAUGAUGUGAAAAAAGGAUUCUUCUGUAAAGUAUUAGAAGGAGGUGGAAACAAGUGUCUAGGAAAAGGCAAAGGUCGACAAUAUGCCACUAUGGACGCAGAGUCGUAUAAAUACCUCCGAGAAUAUUAUAUGCCAUAUAACACUGCUUUAGUUAAACUUUUACGCAAGUUAGAGCACACAACUAUCCCUCAGUGGCUCAAAGAUGAUUUAAGCUAUUCGUCCACCUGA